GGACAUAUUUGGUUAAUUGUUUCUACAAAAUCUUGCAGAGAGGAUAAUGGAUGGUAGCAAUGGAGAUGUAGCUGUUGAUUUUUAUAAUCGCUAUCUGGAAGAUAUUAAAAGAAUGAAGGCAAUGGGUUUUGAAUCUUUCAGAUUUUCAAUUUCAUGGUCUAGAAUAAUACCCAGUGGGAAAGUGCAUGAAGGAGUGAAUGAGCAAGGAAUCAAAUUUUACAACAAUCUUAUAAAUGCACUUCUUAAAAAUGGAAUGGAGCCUUAUGUAACUAUUUUUCAUUGGGAUACACCUCAAGCUCUAGAAGAAAAGUAUGGUGGCUUUUUAAGCUCUAAAAUAGUGGAUGAUUUUCAUGAUUUUGCAAGACUUUGCUUCGAAAAAUUUGGUGAUAGAGUGAAAUACUGGGUCACUUUAAAUGAACCAUGGUCAGUAGCAUUAUUUGCUUAUGAUUUAGGGGUUCAUGCCCCAGGUCGAUGCUCAUCUUGGAUGAAUCAAGCAUGUCAAGCUGGAAACUCAUCCACUGAACCUUACAUAAUUUCACAUAAUUUACUCCUUUCGCAUGCAACUACAGUUCAACUAUACAGGCAAAAAUACCAGGCAAUACAAAAAGGCAAAAUUGGGAUAACACUAAAUUCUAUGUGGUUUGAACCAUACUCUAAUAGUACGGUUGAUAAGAAGGCAGCCAAGACUGCAAUUGAUUUCAUGUUUGGUUGGUAUAUGAAUCCUGUAACCUAUGGCAACUAUCCAAGGAGCAUGCGGAAAUUGGUUGGAGAUAGAUUGCCGAAAUUUAAGCCUAAAGAAUCUAAAUUACUCAAAGGAUCAUAUGAUUUUCUUGGAUUAAAUUAUUAUACUUCAAAUUAUGCAAAAGGGAAUGCUAAUGUUGAUCCACAUUUUUCUAGCUACUCAACUGAUAAUCAUGUUAAUCAAACUCCUUUUGAUCAAAAUGGCAAUCUUAUUGGUCCACAGGCUCAUUCACCUUGGUUAUAUAUUUACCCGAAAGGUAUUCGGUAUCUUCUGAAUUACAUCAAAGAUACAUACAAAAAUCCAAUAAUUUAUAUCACUGAGAAUGGGGUUGAUGAGUUGAAUAACAAAACGCUAACCCUGAAACAAGCCCUUGAUGAUCGUGUGAGGAAAGAAUAUUAUGAAACCCAUCUUUGGAAUGUUCAUCGAUCCAUCAAGGAGUAUAAUGUUAAAGUCAAAGGUUAUUUUGCUUGGUCAUAUUCAGACAAUUUCGAAUGGAAUAUCGGUUAUACUUCAAGAUUUGGCUUGAUUUAUAUAGAUUAUGAAAGAAACCUAACAAGACACCUCAAGCAAUCAGCUAUUUGGUUUCAGAAAUUCCUCAAAAAACAAUGAUUUCUCUAUUAUAUAUUGAGCCCAAGAUGGUG